AUGCCGAUGAGGGGAGUUCGACGUUUUGGAGUAUCUGGCAAGCUGAGUCCUCGCUAUGUGGGGUCGUUCGAGAUAUUGGAGCGAGUCGGAUCAUUGGCUUACCGGUUAGCUUUACCCCCUCAGCUAGCUCAAGUACAUGAUGUCUUUCAUGUUUCUAUGCUUCGCAAGUACGUGGAAGAUCCUGGGUAUGUUAUUGAUUAUCACUCGCUUGUGGUGCAAGAGGACGCGUCAUACAUCGAGUUGCCUGCUAGUAUUGUGGAUCGGAAAGAGAAAGUGCUCCACAACCGUACGAUUUCCUAUGUAAAGGUCCAGUGGCAGCGACAUACCCCUGAGGAGGCUACUUGGGAGCUAAAGGAGGACAUAAGGCGACUUUAUCCUCAGUUAUUUGCUUAG